UGGACGGCCAUGGGCGACCGCGAGCGCAACAAGAAGAGGCUGCUGGAGUUGCUACAGGCGACGGGCACAGGCAACUCGCACUGCGCCGACUGCGGAGCGGCCGAUCCUGAUUGGGCCUCUUACAAGCUGGGGAUUUUCAUCUGUCUCAAUUGCUCUGGCGUCCACCGCAACUUCCCAGACAUCAGCAAAGUUAAAUCCGUGAGACUGGACUUCUGGGACGACAGUAUGGUGGAGUUCAUGACCCACAAUGGGAACCUCAGCGUGAAAGCCAAGUUUGAAGCCAGAGUCCCAGCUUUCUACUACGUCCCUCAGGCCAACGACUGCCUAGUCUUAAAGGAACAAUGGAUUCGAGCUAAGUAUGAGAGACAGGAGUUUAUGGCUGAUGGGAAAGCUGUCUCACCCCCAGGUAACCGAGAAGUGUUCCUGUGGAAGCGGGGACGGGACAGUGCGCAGUUCCUGAGAAGGAGGUUUGUCCUUCUGCCGAGAGAAGGGCUCCUGAAGUACUACACCAAGGAGGAGGCUAAAGCCCCAAAGGCUGUCAUCAACAUCAAGGACUUGAAUGCCACCUUCCAGACAGAGAAGAUAGGACAUCCCCAUGGCCUGCAGAUCACCUACACGAAAGAGGGUCAUAUCAGGAAUCUGUUCGUAUAUCAUGACAGUGGGAAGGAAAUAGUGGAUUGGUUCAAUGCUCUGCGUGCAGCCCGCCUGCAAUACCUAAAAUUGGCCUUUCCUGAUCUCCCAGAGUCCGAGCUCCUGCCUCUCAUCACCAGGAACUACCUCAAACAAGGCUUCAUGGAGAAGACUGGUCCAAAGCACAGAGAACCCUUCAAGAAGAGAUGGUUUGCCCUGGAUCCUCAGGAGCGAAGGCUGCUGUAUUAUAAGAACCCUCUGGAUGCUUUUGAGCAGGGCCAGGUUUUUCUGGGAAGCCAUGAGCAGGGAUAUGAAGUAUGCGAAGACCUGCCCAAGGGCAUCCGAGGGAAGCGCUGGAAGGCAGGACUCACUGUGGCCACUCCAGAGCGGAAGUUCAUCUUCACGUGCCCCAGUGAGAAGGAGCAGCGAGAAUGGCUGGAGAGUCUGCGGGGUGUCCUGAGCAGCCCCUUGUCACCCCUCCACCUCCUCAGUGAGAAGUUGGGGGCGGGGCAGCACCAACACGGCUACCUUCUCCAGCCAGCCCUCUUGUUUCCUUUGCAGACGCAUCAGCAGAGAGUGGCUGUGGCCUCAGGUGACCCUUCGAGGAGGGUCUGGCUAGCCACUGAGCAUUUGACGUCCUGGAGAAGUGUUCGCCUCCGGCCUGGUUGUCCAGGAGGAAGCUUCCGAGGCCUGCAGCUGCCCGUGUCCAUGAACUCUGUCAAGACCCAGGGUGUGGUUUAUCCUAAGGCUCCCUGGGCUCCGUCCAAGCAACCGUUUUUCCAGUCUUGA